UAUAUCGAGCUGAAUAAAGAGAGGGGAGUCCUUGUAGUCAAAGAGCGGAUAGACAGAGAAGCGCUCUGUGGACAGACGACGCCCUGUGCUCUCGAUUUACAAAUCAUUCUGGAGAAUCCUAUGCAGUUUUACAGCGUCACUGUCGAGAUCACCGACAUUAACGACAACUCUCCCGGCUUUAAAAACAAUCAAAUGAAAUUUGAAAUUACUGAAACAUCUCAAAUUGGAUCGAAAUUUGUCCUAGAAAAGGCACUAGAUAACGAUGUGGGAAUUAAUGGGCUCCAGGGAUAUUCACUUAGUUCAAGUGAGACAUUUACUUUAAACCCUUAUAAAAUUGGAAGCAGUAGAAAUGUUGAGAUGGUUUUAAAUAAGCAUCUUGACCGAGAGAAACAGGCGCGGUUGUCUUUAGUAUUGACUGCUUUAGAUGGUGGGGACCCGCAACUCUCUGGAACUAUGCAAAUUGUCAUUACUGUCUUGGAUGCAAACGACAAUGCACCCAUUUGUAGCCAAGCAGAGUAUAAGAUAAACGUGAAAGAAAACGCGUUGAAAGGAGCUGUUCUAACCACGGUGAGGGCAACCGAUGCAGAUGAGGGUACGCAUGGCCACAUACGAUAUUUAAUUUCUCAUGUUCCGGAGGGCGCACUUGAACUGUUUCAUGUAGAUAAAGAAAAUGGUCUGUUUACGUUAAUGGGAAAUCUUGAUUAUGAGAAAUUUCGACAAUAUGAGAUAGAUGUCCAAGCAUCAGAUGAAGGUGGUAACUCAGAUGUAUGUAAAGUUAUAAUUGAGGUGCUGGACACAAACGAUAACCCACCAGCUAUUAAUAUUAUGUCAGCGUCAUCCAGUGUAUCAGAGGAUGUCAAACCAGGCACUGUGCUGACAAUGAUGAACGUCCAGGACCCAGAUUCAGAUGAAAAUGGCAAAGUCCACUGCGUUUUAGGUGAUAACAUUCAUUUUACAAUCACGUCGUCAUCAAAUAACUUCUUUACUUUA